UGGUAAACAAGCCCAGCUGACAAGAAAAGGAUCAAGAUUCCUUUUUGAGCCUUUUGAGGCAAAAUCUGAUCGUUUUAGCUUAAAAUUAAUUAAUCAGCCGUUAUGUGAAACAAAUUUAAACAAGAGAUUAUCUAUUGCCAUGUGAUAAAAUUGUCUGAAAACUCAAAACCCUCAGACAGACGAAAUGCAGAGUAACGUCAAAUCGCUUCUGGAAUGGAGCUGCCAGCAGUGCAUUUUGAAGGGCAGCAGAGUUCGGGUCACAUCGCACAGAUCCAUUUCUUUGCGACCCGGUCAGAAAACGUACUAUGACUCGCUAGGAGUCAGCGCGUCUGCUACGCAGGGCGAGAUCAAGGCCGCCUACUACAAGCUGUCGAAAAUUUACCACCCCGAUCGGAACAAGGGCUGUCAAGAUGCGGCAGAAAAUUUUAGGAAAAUCACCGAAGCUUACGAGACCGUUGGGAACGUCCAAAGGCGAAGGAUUUACGACAAGGGAGGCAUGUACGAUACUGUUGUUGACACGCAGGAGACGCAAGAGCAAGCGGCAGUAUCGAAAUUCUACAAAUCAAGAGGGAUGACUUACUCGGGCAAAACGCCGAUUUACGACUUUGACGAGUGGUCUCGGGAACACUACGGAAAAACCUUUGCCAGGAGAGAAAAGGCCAAAGCUCAAUACCAUUCAAGAAUGAACGUUAAUACAAGCAACACAGGUUCCUCGCAGUCCAUCAGCUUCAUGGUUUUAGUCGCGUUAUCAUUCUUUAUAACUGCUGGCUACAUCGGCAUAUGGAGUGAAAACAAGUGGGACAGGGUUGAUGAGAAGAGAAGGGUUAAGUGAGUGCUUUGGUUGCUGGCUCGACCUGAGCAGAACGUCUAGGGAGCGUUUCUUGAUUUGUGUAAAUAAUGAAAUGUUAAGUUGAUUGUUUUACCUAGAAAUUAAAAAUUAUAAUAAAUUGUUGAUUAGCAGGGAUUUCUCUGCUUAAAAUGUACAGAA